AAUUGAGGCGUAUCUUAGAUUAUCCUUAAAACUUAAAGCGGAUAUGUAAAUAAACCAUGCUUCCUAAAGACCUCCGUCGUGAUGGAUCGGCGGAAAAAGACGUCAGUGCAGCUCCGACACCGACGAAACUUCCCAUCUUCGGCUUGCCGUUCCAUGCGAAUCCAUCCAACACCUGCCAUUGCACCGCUGAAUCCAUCAGAAAAAGCACUAGCCAUCCAGUCAUGGCUUCUCGACCAGUAUGGAGGAGUCUGCAGAGCGGUUUUGCGGCGAGAAGCGCGGUUCGAGCGCCUUACCGCUGCUUCUCCUGUUCUCUGCGUGUUCACGAGCAGCAGAGCUCCAAUCCUGCCCGCGAUGAGCGGAUGACACACUUUGGUUUUACCAAUGUGCCUGAGUCGCAGAAGGAAUCCCUUGUGGGAGCCGUGUUCAGCUCGGUCGCGAGCUCGUACGACACGAUGAACGACCUGAUGUCCUUGGGCAUCCACCGACUCUGGAAAGACCACUUCGUUCGCACCCUCAACCCGGGCUCCCUCCUACCGAGACGCGAGAAUGAUACGACGGGUAAAGGCUGGAAUAUCCUCGAUAUCGCCGGCGGGACCGGUGACAUUGCCUUUCGCAUGCUCGACCAUGCGACGAACAUUAACAACGACUACGAGACCCGCGUGACGAUCGCCGAUAUCAAUGCCGACAUGCUUGCAGAGGGCAAGAAGCGGAGCGUCCAGACUCCUUACUACAACACGCAACGGCUCUCCUUCACGGAGGCCAACGCGGAGAGCAUGCCGUCCGUGCCGGACAACUCGGUCGACCUGUACACGGUUGUCUUUGGCAUCCGCAAUUUUACAGACAAGCAGGCCGCGUUGAACGAGGCGUUCCGCGUGUUGAAGCCCGGCGGGGUGUUUGCGUGUAUGGAGUUCAGCAAGGUCGAUAGCAGUCUCUUCAACGCGGUCUACAAACGCUGGAGCUUCAGUGCCAUCCCCCUCAUCGGCCAGAUCGUUGCGGGUGACCGGGACAGCUACCAGUAUCUGGUCGAGAGUAUUGAGAAAUUCCCUAGCCAGGAGGAGUUCCGUGCGAUGAUCCAGAAGGCUGGGUUUCUGACGCCGGGAACGGGAUAUGAGAAUCUCACGGGGGGGAUUGCGGCCAUUCAUAAGGGAGUGAAGCCGCUUGCAAGGGCAUAACUUGCCGGACAUGACUUUUUCAUACCACGAAGCUUGAGAACGUGUAUGUAGACCUGAUCUACUUGUACCUGUAUAUAAGAAUGUAUCAUUAUCUCCACGACUCUUCUCC